AAGGGAGUGUUGCCGGCAGCGAUGGUUGGCCAAAUCGUCUCUAGUAUAUGUCAGAUUCACGAUAAAACUGGUUGCACUCUAACAUGGGUGCGGUUCCAUGACUACAAUGGCAAGAACAAUCUAAUCAAGUACCCUAUGGAGAUUCCAAGUGGCCAGUGGGCAAUGUUUGAGCACUCCGGCGACCCUGGAUUCCCCUCUGAAUCUGUCGGCGCUGUCGUCUACCGUUGCACGAAUCCGGACGGGGAAGAGUGUGAUUGGAUGAUGCUUUGGUCCAACAAAUAUGGGGAAACCACAAACAAGGUUAAUACUGAGAUCAGGGCAAAAGGCGGUUUUGACAAUGCUGUUUGGCCGCACAUUCGUGCUCGGAGUCAUACUAACCACAGCGAGGCAGAAUUGGAGAAGUGGAAAGCCAGUGUCGAUGUGGUGCCAAAUAAUGCCUGCAAUGUAUUCGCCACAUUCCAGGGAAUAAUUCAACCAAAUUAAGUAGAAAGUUUCAACUUAAUUAGUCCAUGGAUUUGCAUUCG